AAAAAUAUAGAAAAGGGUUUAUCUUUUACAAAAGAGGAAGUAGGAUGAAUAUGGUGACUCAAGAUUUCUCUCUCUGUAAAACCCUAAACCCCAAAUUCUCUCUUCUCCAUUGCUCAUCUCUCUCACCAUUCUCCAAUCCACUUCGAAAGACUCUCACUUUCCCACCUCAAAAUGCUCCAAAACCCUCCCACUUCCCCACCAUCCCCGCAAUUCUCGCUUCCGGAGGAAAAUCGCGAGAUCUCCGUUCAUACGCCGGCCGGAGCAAGAAAAAGCCGCCCGGCCCAGGCGGCGGCUCCUCAUCGGGAGGACGCAUCGAGGGCAACGCCGAAUUUCGCCGGGAAGUAAAACGCAACGCUCGCCGGAGAAACAAGAAAAUGGCGGAAUCACUCUUUUACCGUUUGAAAAACCCUAACAGAAACCAUCCAGAUAAUUUCACAGAAGACGAGCUCCAAGAAAUUGGACUUGGGUACGAUAGAUUGGUUAGGUUUAUGGAUAAGGACGACCCCAAUUUACGAAACCCUAAUGAUUGGUACAAGUACGGCGAAUUCGGGCCCUAUUCGUGGCGCGGUGUGGUGCUCGGCGACCCGGUUCGGGGGCGAUUUUCGGACGAGAGAGUGGCUAUGAUCAGCGAGGUUAGGGAUGCAGAGGAGUGGGAGAAGAUUGAGAAAUCGGAAAUGGGACAGAAAUUUGGGAAGAGAUUGGAGCAAAUGGAUAGGAAAAAGUUUAAGUAUUUUUGGGUUUUUGUUAGGCAUCCAAGGUGGAGACUUUCAGAGCUUCCAUGGCAGCAAUGGACAUUGGUAUGUGAAGUUGUUGUUGAAAAUGGUUUUGAUCAAAGAUUAGAUAAAUGGAAUUUAAUGGGUAGAUUAGGGAAUAUGACAAGAUCAAUGAUAACAAAAUGUGCAGCUUGGUUUAGACCAGAUAUAAUUUAUGUUAAGAGACCUGUUUAUCAAUGUAGAUUUGAGCCUCAAGAUAAUUUCUUUAAGGUUUUAAUGCCAUUUCUCGAUCCGAAAACGGAGAAAGAUUGUUUGUUUGAGUUGGAGAAAGAUGAUGGGAGUGUUGAGUUGUGUACUUACUAUGGUGGGCUUUGUAAGAUUUUGAAGGUUAGUCAAAAGGUAGGUUAUGUUGAUGAUGUUGUUAAGGCUUAUGAGAAAUUGAGUGAUGAAGAUAAAUCUAAGUGUUUGGAGUUUUUGCUUAAGAAUCAUCCAAUGCAGUUGUUGCAUCCUUAUACUAAGGAAUGGAAGGCGAAAUUGGAGGAGAUUGAACUCGGUUGUGAUGCCCCGGAUGAUGAUGAGAGCGAUAUGCGAGUGGGCAAUGGUUCGGGUGAGAUUGUGGAUUGGAUCGAGGAAGAAGAAGAAGAAGAAGAAGAAGAUGAAGUUGUUGUUGAUGAGGAAGAAGAAGAUAGUGAAGAAGAAGAUGAAGAUGAAGAAGGUGAUGAUAAGUAUUGGGAAGAUGAGUUUAAAAAGGCAUUGACAAGCUCAGAAGGAAUGGAGAAUUUAGUGAAGAGGAGUGUGGAGUUGUCUAAUGAAAGGUAUAGAGAGCAUUUAGGUGCUGCAAUGGAUAUGGAAGAUAAUGAUGAUGGUGGUGGUGAUGGUGAUGAUAAUGAUGGUGGUGAUGGUGAUGAGAUUGAGAUGAGGGGUAAGAGGGCUAAAGUGAGUCCAGAGGAAUGGAAGAUAGUUGGAAUUGGUCCAUGGAGGAAGAGAAUCAAGAAGAGUAGAAUCCCACCUGAACUUUUUCUUAGAGCUGCAGUUAGACCUUUUACUUAUAGAAAUUUAGUAAAGGAGAUUGUUUUGACAAGACAUGGAAUUUUGGAUGGUGAUAUUAGUUCAACUGAUAAUUUAUUGUAAGAUAAAAGAUUUUUGUAGAUUAGAGUGAGUAGAGUGCUAUCAUUAUUCAUUUUCAUUCAUGUAAUGAAAUGAAUUUACUUUGUUUCAUAUUCUAAUCUUUAAAAUACUUUACCAAAAUUCAAUUUUUUCUAUUUUA